AUGUCUUCUCUGAUGAUCGAAACAUCAGAAGACAUUCCUAUCGAACAGACUUCUGUGACCCAGGGUGCACCUCUGGUACCCGAUUCCGAUGCGAGUGACACCGACUCUGCCAUCGGCGAGUCUGUGGCAGGGUCAUUCUACUCAGCAUCACUAGCUUCAUCCGUUCUCAAUUACACAUACGAGAACGGUCGUCGGUACCAUGCCUAUCGCGAGGGCAAUUAUCUCCUGCCAAAUGACGAAAAGGAACAGGAACGCUUGGACAUGAUGCAUCACAUUUGCCGAAUGGCUAUUGGUGGGGCUAUUUUCCGAGCGCCGUUACAUGAAAGCCUCAGAGUACAGAGAGUCCUCGAUAUGGGAUGCGGUACAGGACUUUGGACCAUUACUUUUGCGGACGACUGGCCAGAGGCGGUCGUGAUUGGCACAGAUCUCAGUCCGAUACAGCCCUCAUGGGUCCCUCCAAACUGCAAAUUCUACGUGGACGACAUCGAACGUGAAUGGACCUAUCCUCCCGCGGAGCGAUUUGACUAUAUCCAUGGUAGAGCAUUACUCGGAAGCAUUUCUGACUGGAGAAAGCUAUUCUCUAACGCAUUUAACAAUCUUAACCCUGGUGGCAUCCUUGAGAUCCAAGAGCGCCCAACCGACGUGCAGUCUGACGAUGGUGGCAAGAUUCAUGUGCCGCAUAUGGCGGACUGGCUCGACAAGCUGAAUGAUGGAUUAUCAGCCAUCGGAAAGCCAUCUCGGAUCAUCCAUCUACUAAAGGGGUAUAUGGAGGAGGCAGGAUUUCUCGAUGUUCGCGAAGAGAUUUAUAAGCUCCCGAUCGGUCCUUGGGCAAAAGGACGAAGAAACAAAGAGCUUGGGCUAUUCUUCUUAGCCCAUUGCGCAAAUUCUGCCGAGCCUUAUACCCUGGCUUUAUUUACCCGAGUACUUGGCUACAGCGCCGAAGAAGUACAUGCCAUUCUUGAACGAGUCAAGAUCGAACUACGAAACCCCAGAGCGCAUCUUUACAUACCAUUGUACUUUGUAUGGGGGAGAAAGCCAGGCUGA